UGUAGCCGCAUGUACACAGGGUGGCCAAAACGAGACGUGCAGAGAGAGACACCAAUCUCGUACGUAGCAUAUCUACAUCGCAGGAACACCCAAAUCACUCGUGCGUAGGUAUGGUUCUGACGCACGUCGAGGCGGUGGAGGAGGGCAGCGAGGCGGCGGCCGCCGUGUUCGCGUCGAGGUACGUGCAGGACCCGGUGCCGAGGUACGAGCUCGGCGAGAGGUCGAUAUCCAAGGACGCCGCGUACCAGAUCGUCCACGACGAGCUCCUCCUGGACAGCAGCCCGCGCCUGAACCUGGCGUCCUUCGUCACCACCUGGAUGGAGCCCGAGUGCGACAGGCUCAUCCUCGAGGCCAUCAACAAGAACUACGCCGACAUGGACGAGUACCCCGUCACCACCGAGCUCCAGAACCGGUGCGUGAACAUCAUAGCGAGGCUGUUCAAUGCGCCGGUGGGCGACGGCGAGAAGGCGGUCGGGGUGGGCACGGUGGGGUCGUCGGAGGCCAUAAUGCUGGCCGGGCUGGCGUUCAAGCGGCGGUGGCAGAACCGGCGGAAGGCGGCGGGGAAGCCCCACGACAAGCCCAACAUCGUGACGGGGGCCAACGUGCAGGUGUGCUGGGAGAAGUUCGCGCGCUACUUCGAGGUGGAGCUCAAGGAGGUGAAGCUGACCGAAGGCUGCUACGUGAUGGACCCCGUCAAGGCCGUGGACAUGGUCGACGAGAACACCAUCUGCGUCGCCGCCAUCCUCGGCUCCACCCUCACCGGCGAGUUCGAGGACGUCAGGCGCCUCAACGACCUCCUCGCCGCCAAGAACAAGCGGACGGGUUGGGACACGCCGAUCCACGUCGACGCGGCGAGCGGCGGGUUCAUCGCGCCGUUCAUCUACCCGGAGCUGGAGUGGGACUUCCGGCUGCCGCUGGUGAAGAGCAUCAACGUCAGCGGCCACAAGUACGGGCUCGUCUACGCCGGCGUCGGGUGGGUCAUCUGGCGCAACAAGGAGGACCUCCCCGAGGAGCUCAUCUUCCACAUCAACUACCUCGGCGCCGACCAGCCAACCUUCACGCUCAACUUCUCCAAAGGGUCCAGUCAGAUUAUUGCGCAAUAUUACCAGUUUCUUCGACUCGGAUUUGAGGGGUACAAGAGCGUGAUGAAGAACUGCAUGGAGAGCGCGAGGACGCUCCGGGAGGGCCUGGAGAAGACGGGGCGGUUCACCAUCAUCUCCAAGGAGGAGGGCGUGCCGCUGGUGGCCUUCACGUUCAAGGACGGCGCCGGCGCGCAGGCCUUCAGGCUGUCGUCGGGCCUGCGCCGGUACGGGUGGAUCGUGCCGGCGUACACGAUGCCGGCGGCGCUGGAGCACAUGACGGUGCUCCGCGUCGUCGUCCGGGAAGACUUCGGCCGGCCGCUCGCCGAGCGGUUCCUGUCCCACGUCAGGAUGGCCCUGGACGAGAUGGACCUCGCCGCCAGGGCCCCCGUGCCCAGGGUGCAGCUCACCAUCGAGCUCGGCCCCGCCCGGACCGCCGGCGAGGAGGCCUCGAUCAGGGUGGUCAAGAGCGAGGCCGUGCCCGUGCGCAAGAGCGUCCCGCUCGUCGCCGGCAAAACCAAGGGCGUUUGCUAGACCGGGUUAAAUUUUUUUUUAAAAUACUGGUGGGAACACGACCAAAAUAAAAUUUCAAAAUGGGAGCGUACUAAACCUUCUUUAUGCUACAGUAACUAUGUAGUACAAGCAUGCCGAAAGUUAAUCAUCGUGUGUAAUCGUAUUAGAGUUUGCAACAGCAUAUUAUAAUGUGGAGAAGAACACGCAAGCGACAUCAACCAGGACUCUGCACUUCUGAUGAAGUUCUGAAACCCAUAAGGAUUCAGAUAAACAUGAGCAGACACUGAAAUAUGUAUGUACAUAAAAAAUUUGUGCGAGGCAUGCACAUCAUGCUUGAGCACGUUAUUGUUGCAGAAAACACGAAUUCAACGAAUUAAAGGGAA